AAGCAACCUAGUAAAGCCUCAUUGAAGUUACAAGUCAAAGUAUAAAGAAAGGACUGGCUUUGGUUACCAUGACAUUGUGUUCUUACUGGGUAGAUGUAGGUUAGAUAAUGACGUGGUUCUUUGAAACCAUUUCAGUUCCCUAGACAGCUUUUCGUAAUGGAAGGUAGAAUGCCUAAAUCAAAGGAACUUGUUUCUUCAAGCUCUUCAGGCAGUGAUUCUGACAGCGAGGUUGAAAAAAAGUUAAAGAGGAAAAAGCAAGUUGUUCCAGAAAAACCUGUGAAGAAGCAGAAGCCUGGUGAGACUUCUAGAGCUUUGGCAUCUUCCAAGCAGAGUAGCAGCAGCAGAGAUGAUAACAUGUUUCAGAUUGGGAAGAUGAGAUACGUCAGUGUUCGGGACUUUAAAGGAAAAAUUCUAAUUGAUAUUAGAGAAUAUUGGAUGGACUCAGAAGGUGAAAUGAAACCAGGGAGAAAAGGUAUUUCUUUAAACAUGGAGCAAUGGAGCCAACUGAAGGAACAGAUCUCGGACAUAGAUGAUGCAGUAAGAAAGCUGUAAAAUCUGAGCCAUAUCAAACCUGUACUGUUGUAGUUGUUUUAAUCUGUCUUUUUACAUUGGCUUUUGUUUUCUAAAUGUUGUUUUCCAAGCUGUUGUAUAUUUGGAUUGCAGAACAAUUUGUAAGGUGAAUACUUUUUUUUAAUGUGCAUUAUUAAAAUGUUCUGAGUGAAGCUAAAUGUCAUCUUUAUUAAAGAGAAUUGCAUUGUGCCCUCUACCUAGUGUAAAAUAAAGUCAGAUCAUUACAAUCUUAA